AUGGAUUUCACUUUAGGCUGUGUAUUUACGUCUCACAAGUCUCAGGCUCCCAAAGCACACACGAAAGAGAGGAAGCCUGCGCCUCUUCUCACUAUUGAUAGGGUUAAGAAUCGUUUAAAGAAACCAACCACCUUCAUCUGCAAGCUCAAGCCACCCAAAGUGAGGCCAGCUUUUGCACCUGAAGAUGAAGAUUUGUUGCGUGAUGAUGAUGCUGUUAUCCCUAUCAAGAAAGAUGGCAUCAAGAGAAAAGAAAGACCUACUGAUAAAGAGAGAGAAAAAUCUAGGAUAUUGAAGCAUCCUUCGAGGCCUGCAGCUGAUUAUUCCAUCGAUUUUGCUGGUGAUACAGGAGAGUCCGAAUACCCAGAGUCUACUCCAUUGCUUGCUAAGAUCUUAGAAAGUAUGCUGUCUCGGUCUGAAGCUGGAGACAAAAUCAGCCAUCACAAAAAGAUUACAGAUGCUGCAAACGAAGUAAUAAGCAGUGUUGACGUAGACUUGCUAGCAAGAUUUUUGGUACAAAAAAAAGAACCAGAAGAUGAGGAAGCAGAUAUGCGAUGUCUUAUUUAUUGCGUUUUCUUAAAAAAGAUUCUUUAA